GGUAGCUUUGUGAAAAACUGGGGGAGAAGUAGAACAAAAUGGAGGCAGCAGAGGCAGAGUACUUCUCCAAGGACUUCGAAUGGGAUGAACUCAGAGCAGAGGUCGAAAACGACCCAUCGUUUCGCUACCACUUGCUCCCUUUCGAAUCUUCAACAAUUCCCUCUUCACAAACAACAACAAGAGCAACAACAGCAGAAGAAGAAGAAGAUUCAACGGCAUGGAAGAGAUUCCAUAUCCGUCACUCCUCCGGCAAAUUCUUCAAGGAGAGACGGUAUUUACUAAAGGAGUUCCCAGAACUAGUUUCAUGUGGAGAAUCUUCUAAGGUUUUGGAGGUGGGAUGUGGCAAUGGCAGUACUGCUCUUCCAAUUUUACGUGGCAAUGAACACAUCAUUGUUUAUGCGUGCGAUUGUAGUAGUGAGAUUCUUGAGAGGGCUGAAGAGAUUAUAGAUGCCGCUACUGUAGUGCCUGUUAGACAUCGUUUCCGUACAUUCUGUUGUGAUUUCUCUGUCACUGGUCUUCCAAAGUGGUUGGCCUGCCAUACUUGCCGUGAAGUUUUCCUUCAAAAGCAGCAAAAUUGCCUGUCAGAUGUUAAAGAGAGUCAUGAAAGGCAUUAUAAUGAUUCAAAUUCAUUGAAAGAAAGUACCUCUUGCAUUGGCGGUAUGGAUUUUGUGACCUUGAUAUUUACACUAUCAGCCGUAACAUUCCAGAGGAUGCCAGCAUCCAUUAAGGAGUGCUUUUCUGUUUUAAAGCCAGGAGGCAUGCUCUUAUUUAGGGAUUACGGCCUCUAUGAUAUGACCAUGCUUCGAUUUGAGCCCAACCAAAGAGUAGGAUUCAUGGAGUACAUGCGAUCAGAUGGAACCCGUUCUUAUUUCUUCUCUUUAGAUACUGUCAGAGAUCUCUUUGUGGGUGCAGGCUUCAUUGAGCUUGAGCUUGAAUAUUGUUGUGUUAAAUCUGUGAAUCGCCGAAAUGAGAAGACCAUGCAGAGGGUGUGGGUUCAUGGGAAGUUUCAGAAGCCCAUGUGAAUUAUUUAUCAAGAUAUCUUUCUUUUUGAGCAAAGAUUACAUACUGUGUGUCAUCACAUGGCGAAGUGGAGAUGGAAUGGAGUUUGGAAAUGUGAUUUCAUUCCACAUUCUUGAAUGUGGAAUAUGUAAGGCGAUUAUUAUUAUUAUUUAUUUAUUUAUUUUUGGAAUUUGGGUGAAAGCCUUGGCCAUUAAUUUGUUUCAAAUUUCGGAUAAGUGCCUUAUUUUUGGGGCUGAGAUGAAUGGGUUCCCUUAUUGUAGCAACUCUCUCUCUCUCUCUCAAAGCUUAGACAAACCUUAGACACCCAAAGCUUGUACUUGGAACCUUUUGUAUGGUUGAUACUUAUGUGUCUUCAUUUCAUGUGUGGCUUGUAGAUGGUUGUUUUAAAU